AAUGCAAUAGAAGAAGGAAAGCGGAAGUGACGCGACUCUUACUAUUUAGCAGCGUCUUCAGUGUCCGAGAGUUUAAGGAGAGACGAACUGCAGCCGAAGAAAUCUCGGAAAUUGAAAAGACAUCAGUGAAGAGAUCAGCAGACUGUUGGAUAUCCGAGAUAAAGUCACACAGACCUCCCACAACAACAUGAAGUGUGAGGAAGAGGAGGGUCUGGAUGACCAGCAGGUCUGUAACCAGGAGAGAAAUUCCAGUCUGAACAAGCAGAGCCCAGAGCUCCCACAGAUUAAAGAGGAACAGGAGGAAGUCUCCACCACUCAGGAUGUAGACUCGCUUGUAGUGAAGCAGGAGGCUGAAGGAAUCAUCGUCUGGACUGGGGAAGAGCGGCUCAGACUACUGGAUACAAUCUGGAAAUGUGAAAAACAUGACAAAGACUUCCUGCAACAACAUGUCUGUAAGCAAGAGGAGGAUCUGGAUGACCAGCAGGUUUUUAACCAGGGGGGCAACUUGAGUCUUGACCAGGAGGACCCAGAGCUUCCACAGAUUAAAGAGGAACCAGAGGAACUCUGCACUAGUCAGGUGCUUGUGCUGAAGGUCGAGACUGAUACCUUUAUGGUGACUUCUACUUAUGAGGAACCUGAACCAAACAGUGACCAGCUUCUUUCUUACAACUCUCCUGAACCAGAAAGUCGAGAUGAGGAUGAAAGUGAGCAUGUAGACUCAGGAUCAAAUAGAAAUGCAAAGCCUGAGAAGAGAGGACAUCACAGAAACAGUAACACAGCAGACAGCUGUCCUGUGUCAGAGAGUCAGUGUGAAACUGACACAAGUAAAAAGUCUUUAAAAUGUGACACUUGUGGAAAAACCUUUGAAUAUAAAUACAAACUGACAAAACACCAGAGAGUCCACACAGGUGAGAAGCCACAUUCUUGUAGCACUUGUGGAAAAAUUUUUAGUUACAUGUCUGCGUUAAAAACUCACAUGAGAAGUCACACAGGUGAGAAGCCAUAUUCUUGUAGCAUAUGUGGAAAAAUAUUUAGUUACCUGUCUGCAUUAAAAACUCACAUGAGAAGUCACACAGGUGAGAAACCACAUUGUUGUAGCACAUGCGGGAAAAGGUUCAGUGAUCUGAUGAACUUGAAAUCUCAUAUAAGAGUCCAUACUGGUGAGAAGCCAUAUUCCUGUAGCACCUGUGGAAAAAGAUACAGUGAUAGGACGAACUUGAAAACUCACAUGAGAAUUCACACAGGUGAGAAGCCAUAUUCCUGUAACCUCUGUGGUAAAAGAUACAGUGAUAGGACAAACUUGAAAACUCACAUGAGAACGCACACAGGUGAAAAGCCAUACUUCUGUAGCGCCUGUGCGAAAAGAUUCACUUAUAGGAUACAGUUGAGAAGACACAUGAAAAUCCAUGUUGGUUAAAAGCUUCCUUCUUAGAUAAUGUUUGAAAGCUGUUAGGUGGAACAGUUUAAUAGUGGAGCACAUGUUCAUGAGGAACCAAAUCACUUCAAAGCCUGAAGGAAGGGCUCAUACCAUUUUUAGGUCAAUAUGGUAUAUAUCAUGUCUAGAAUAGUAAUUAACUCUACUCUCUGAAUUGUUUAUUCCAAUUGUUAGCCUUUUUUUGUAUAAGGAAAACACUGAUUUUACAGCCAUCCAUCCCUUUUAUGGCACUUUUCCAGGGCCAAAUGUUAGGGCACGCAGUCUAGGCAGAGAAUUAUAGACAUCACUCAUCCUGACAACCUGCUUCAGCUCAUUUGGGGGACACCAAGGCAUUAGGUUCUAGGUUAGCGAUAAUACAUAAUUUCUGUAGUGUGGCCCGGGUCUGCCCUUGGGCCCCUUUGUGUUGGAACACCUCACCUAGGAAAAGCUCAGGAGGCAUCCUAUUCAGAUGUCUGAGCCACCUCAAUUGGCUGCAUGCCACAUUAUUUUUAUUAUUUAAGUCGUGUACAUAGAACAAGAUACAAAGCCUUAAAACGUGUUAAAAACACAACAGCCUUGAUAAACAUGGAGCAGUUAGGAUCUAAAAGCAGGGUUCAUCACGUCAUCACUUAAAGACCAGAUGACAACAAGCCAGAUACCCCAUGCUCCUAUGAGGAUAAAGGGCUGGACCUGAACCUGUGGUUCAAUUAACACAGUCAUUUCUCUUGUACCCUGGCAUAGAUCUUUCCAGGAGUCAGAAUAAUGUGUUGCCUCUGUAAUUGGAGCACAUCUUCCAGUCCCCCCUUCUUAGGCUACCACUCCAGUCAGAGUUGUAGCCUUAGAUUGAAAAAGCAGAGAGGUGUGUCAGCCAAGAAAGUGCCACAACAUUCAGAGUGUUGAGAAACUCAUGGUGAAUCUCAUCCACCCCAGCAGCCCUGCCACCAAGGAGUUGUUUAACUACCUCAAUGACCUCAGCCCCAGUUACGGGCAAGUCAUCCCCCUAGUUUCCAGACUCUACUUCAUGUACAGAAAGCAUGUCAGUGGGAUUCAGAAAAUCCUUCAGGUUGUCUAUUUCUUGUUUCCUCAGUUCAAGUCAGCAGCACCCCACCCAUACUAUACACCAUAUGAGUACAGCACCACUUUGCCCUCCUGAGUCACUUGGUAGUUUGCCAGAAUCUCUUUGAGGGAGAUCAAAAGUCUUGUUUCAUGGAUUAACCAGACUCCUGCACCAGAGAUUUUGUUUCAGCUUCUUCCAGAGCCACACUCUGCUUGGCCCAGUGGAAUCUGUUUCCUUUGGAAUCCCACAGGAUAACCACAGGAGCUCUUUCAGUUUGACAACUCCCUUCAUCUUGGUUAUUCACCAUCUGUUCAGGGAUCACCCCAUAACAGGCAACUCCCAGCCAUAGCUCCGUGCAGGUGCCUCAACAGUGAAGGUGCAGAACAUGGUCCACUCAGACUCAAUGUGCCCAGGCUUCCUCAGAAAACUGCUACUUGAUCCAUCUCACCACCAGGUGGUGAUCAGUUGGCAGCUCUGUUCCUCUAUUCACUCAUGUGUCCAAGACCACCAAUAAAACAUUGACAAAAUCUAUCCUUGACCUUUGACCUGGGGUGUCCUAGUACCACAUGCACUUAUGCGAAUAACUUAUGCUCAGACAUGGUGGUUGGCACAAAAGUCCAGUGACAAAACAUCACAAAAAAAUCACACCCCUCUAAUGUUCAUGUCUACAUGAUAUUGCACACUAAAGUCUAAAAAUAGGAAAAUAAAUUGUCCAGAUGUGUCACUUUCCAGCACCCCACCUACUGACUUUAAUAAAGCUGGAUAUUCUGAACUGUCAUUCACCUAUAAUCAGGACCAGGACCUGUUCCCUGACCCAAAGGUGCAGGGGAAAAGACACACUCGUCCACUGGGAAAACCCUAUUGUACAGACAGUGAACUUGGUGGGAUAUUAGUAUACCCAUCCCUGCCUGUUGCCUUUCUGUGUAUGGGGAAUCUAGAGUUUGGAAGAGUCUGGAACAUCUCCAGAGCCUGAGCCAUGCAUUCAGGUGAACCUUACUAUGUCUAUAUCCAGUCCCUCUCAAUCUCAUGCACUAGCUCAGAUUUAUGUCCUACCAGAGAGGUGACAUUCUAUUUGUCAACUUCAGUUUUCCUACCAUGAGCCAGGGUUACAACUCCUGGAGCCUCUGCCCUUCACUGCGACCCAAAAUGCAUUGCACCCGCCCUCUACAGUGCUUUCUGCAGGUGCGGAGUCUGCAAGAGCCCCAUGGGUUAAGGUGUGCCCACCAGGUGUUCUCUCUUAAGCCUCCUCCCUAGGCCUGGCAUAGGGAUAGGCACCAGUAUCCAUGUCCUGGGCAGGGUGACCUGGUCCCUUGUUUUUCCUUGCUUCAAAGGGGUCACCUAAAUCGCUCAUCGCUGGCCCCUCACACAGGAACAAUUUGCCUGGGAGACCCUACCAGGGCCAAGCCUCUGACAUCAUAGCCACUGUGAUCACUGGGACAAACAAGCCCGGCUAAUUUUACAUUUGUCUGUAUUUGUACUUUUGUUAUUCUUUUAAGUUGUAGAGGUGAUACUAAAAACAUAUAAAACAGCUUAAAACAGCUGUACAUUGAAGUUCUUAAUCGU